CGGAAACCUUUGUAACCGGACCAUGCACUUCCGGUUAUUGACGUCAUUUUCUCGGCAUGCUGCAGACUUCGAGCAGAAAGUGAAUCCAAGAAAAUAGAUCUUUAGAAUCCAGAAAUCAUGGGGAUACUCGAGAAAAUAGCGGAAAUCGAGAGAGAAAUCUCUCGGACUCAAAAAAAUAAAGCUACCGAGUACCAUCUAGGAUUAUUGAAGGCCAAGUUGGCCAAAUACAGAGCUCAGCUUUUGGAACCUUCAAAAUCUGCUGGAGCCAAAGGCGAAGGCUUUGAUGUAAUGAAAUCUGGCGAUGCCAGGGUAGCGCUGAUUGGGUUUCCAUCCGUGGGUAAGUCCACUUUCCUUAGCUUAAUGACAUCAACUGAAAGUGAAGCUGCAUCAUAUGAGUUCACCACAUUAACGUGCAUCCCGGGUGUCAUUACGUACAAAGGUGCCAACAUACAACUCUUGGAUUUGCCUGGAAUCAUUGAGGGUGCUGCUCAGGGUAAGGGUAGAGGUCGGCAAGUCAUCGCAGUGGCUCGAACAGCUGAUGUUGUAAUCAUGAUGCUGGAUGCAACAAAAGGGGAUGUCCAGAGGGUACUGCUGGAAAAGGAGUUGGAGUCUGUUGGCAUAAGACUAAACACUUCAAAACCAAAUAUUUACUUCAAGCCCAAGAAAGGUGGUGGACUGUCCUUCAACUCAACAUUGCCUCUCACGCAGUGCUCUGAGAAGCUGGUGCAACUUAUUUUGCAUGAAUACAAAAUCUUCAACGCAGAGGUUUUGUUCAGAGAGGAUUGCACACCAGAUGAGUUUAUCGAUGUCAUUGUGGGAAACAGAGUUUAUAUGCCUUGCUUGUAUGUGUACAACAAAGUGGACCAGAUCUCAAUCGAGGAGGUGGACCGAUUGGCUCGCAGACCAAAUAGUGUGGUAAUCAGCUGUGGUAUGAAACUGAAUCUCGACUACCUCCUGGAACAGCUGUGGGAUUACCUGGCUCUUAUCUGCUUGUACACCAAGAAGAGGGGAGAACGGCCCGAUUUCGGAGAUCCCAUCAUCAUGAGAAGAGGGGCGUCAGUAGAACAUGUGUGUCACCGAAUUCACAGAACAUUAGCCAGCCAGUUCAAGUAUGCCCUGGUGUGGGGAACGAGCACAAAGUACAGUCCACAAAGGGUGGGUCUGACACACAUCAUGGAGCACGAGGAUGUCAUCCAGAUUGUGAAGAAAUAAGCAUUUCCUUCUCAACUCCCCACAAGAAACUCCUGUUGUCGAGGACUCUAAAGGAAAUACUCUUGAGCUGUGUAAUAGGCUCUGUCGACAGUUUCAGGUUUUGUGAUUAAGAUCUAAGAGGUCAGAUACUGGACAUAUCUGAGCAGAUGAGAAAAGCAAAAGAAAUAUGAGCAUUGACACAUGCAAUGUGUUGACAAAAGGACUGUAAAAAUAAAUUUCACCUAAUUUGGUUCUCUGAUUUAAAAGUGAAUUUUUCUCUACUGUACCCGUUUCUACCAUGUUGAUAUGACUCUUAAGACAUGAUUCAUUAUCUACAAAUACUGAUAAUAAGUAAGCCAAGGUGGUAAAUUAUGGCACCUCAAAAGCAUUCAGAUCCACAUAUAAUAUGCUGCUUCGCUUUUCUGGUUCACAGGAAAGUAGUGAAGAAUUGCUCUGAUGCAUCUGUCAUGUGCAUCAUAGUGCAAUACACAUACAGUUAAAAUGUUCUAUUUUUGCCAAGCACAAGGAAGACCAUUGCUGCGUUCUAUGUAGAUAGGAUGUCAGACCUGCACACACAGAAGGUCAGUUCCUUGAGAUGCUCUACACACUAAAUUGACACACAAUACACACAAAUUAUAUUAUGCAGUACCCAUUGUAUUUUAAAACCAUGCAAGGAGCACCGGGCUGAUUUUGUCAAGUGUCAAUAAACAAGAAAAAGAG